AUGUUCCCUCUAAGCUUGAGCAAAUCGGUACAGGCCCCGAAGAGCCACGAACGUGAUGCCGAUUCCCACCAGAGAAAAGUAGGAUCGACCGAGAACAGCCUUGUCAUAGGUGAAAUGCAAUCGAACAAGGAAAGCGGCAACAGUGACGGAAAGAAGUUUAUUAUGUACGGCAAAGAGAUUAUCUUUGCAGGAAUAACCGUGAGAAUGAGACGAAAGACCGUCCCUCAAGAGGGCGAUCGCGGCAAAGUCAAGCAUAGUGUUGAUGAUUCACUGAAAGCAACUGUGCACGAGAUACAGCAGCUCUUGGAUCGUCGGGUAGUAGUAACUGUCAGGGUAUUGCUUGACUGGAUGAGCCCUACGAGUCGGAUGAGUAUCGAAAAAGCGCUACCGUUAUGUGGAUACAUGUUUGAGAAUGGUCCAUGGAAGAAGGCGUUGAUCAAGUUUGGGGUCGACCCAAGGGCUGAGCCCGAGUUUCGGCAUUAUCAAAUAGUCACCUUUGAGAUGAAUUUCAACCCCAUUUUUAAACGGGGAGAACAUGACUGGGAAAAGAGUGGAGAAGUUACCUUCCCAUACUUGCUUAAGGGCGAUGAUAAUGUCCCCCAUGUCUUCGGUGGGAAGAAGUUUGUGCCGGACGACAACAGCUGGCAGAUCUGUGACAUUAGCGAUGUUCUUCUACAGGGGAUCGUAGCAACAAGUGACGUUCGGUCGGCGGCCACUCUCAAUGAAGGCUUCUUUUGGAACGGAACAAUGGCGAAACUGGAAGUCAUAAUGCGCGACAAGCUUGUGUGCAUAAGGGACGGUGGUACGCCUGAUGAUGAGGAUUAUGCAUGUCUUCUAUCUUUCCCAGACAAUUACCAGCCGCCGACCGGGCGUGAUUAUUUUAAGUAUGGCUUGGAGUUUGGACAGCAAUAUACGCAGAAGCAGGUUUAUCUGAGAGGUCGGAUACAAGACAAACUUUCGCUUGACUCCGCGUCAUACAAUCUCACAAACCGGGAUGGUAAAGGUGCAAAGACCGAACGCCUCGAUCUUCCCAUGCGCACAUUCGCCGACGGAUACUACGAAAGUCUCAAGCGAAUGUACGAUUAUUUCGGCAUCCCAUACGGCUCGCUACGGUUUAUUUACUCCCUGUCGACUCUACCAGAAACUGCCACAGAACAAGCCUCUCCAUACUACAUGCAUUCCUCAAAUAAUCACCAACUACCUCCCCUGCGUCCGGAGGGCUUAUCGUGGACCGGAUGGCUGAUUGAGGUGUGCUACCUGGCAAUGUGCUACUAUUGGUUCAAAGCCUGCUGCUUCUUUGUAGCGCCCAAAACGCUGGAGUCGUCUGGCACGGAGGAAUCACUACGACACUAUGUGGAGAGGAUUAUGUUGCCCAGUUACUACGUGAAGAACUACUUCCUCCCGGUCUUCGCGAGCGUUGCGACUUGCUCUCACGAUGCGCUGAUGGAUUUCCCGGCUCUUGAUCUGGUCGGUUAUGGGAGACGAACCUUCCGUAAGAAGCACUACACUGUCCUUGGUGGAGUUCAGCAUGUCGAGAAAAAACUGUCCGAAGACUUGAAUUAUAAACUCGGCAUGAAGGUCACGGCGGUCGAGAAUAUCGGGACGAAAGUUCAAGUGAGCUGGACAGAUACCCGGGAUGGCCAGAGCAGCUCACGGCUAUUUGACCAUGUCGUUCUGGCCGUAACGCCUGAUGUGGUUGGCGCGAUUUUCCAGCCUCUCCAAAGCGCGAUGAAGGCCGUUCCCACAACGACCGUUCAAUCCGUUGUGCACCGCGACUUUUCCCGCAUUCUGGAUUCUAGCAAAUCCCUCUGGGCGCAGGUUUCCUUGAACCCCGGGGAAUCAGCGCCUCACCCACUCCACAUGUGCUCAGAUGCUACGGCGACUGAGACGAUUCAUGAACAUCCGUCAUCCGCUCUUAUUACGACUUAUCCCAUUGCUCCGAUCGACCCCGAGAAGGUCUUGUACACGGCCACAUUCACUCGUGUUCUGCGAUCGUCCACCAGCAGACAAAUCAUCAACCAGAUUUUCAGCCAGAAGACGUCUGGAGAUGACAAGAGCCAGCUUUGGCGGAAUGGAGAUGGAAAUGUCUGGCUCGUUGGUGGUUGGUGCUGGGACGGGAUGGUCCUGCUCGAGGGGUGUCUCGCUUCCGCGACAAGGGUGGCAAACGCCCUUGAUGUCGAGGUGCCUUGGAUGAAAGAGUCCUCUCUAUAA